AUCCCAUCCCAAACCAUCCACCACACAUAUCUCCAAAAUGACCCAACCAUCCACCCACCAAGCGCGCUCCGCCUAUCGCGCCCUCCUCCGCGAAAUCCCACGCGCAAACCGUGCCACCCCGUCCCCGCUCCACCAACGCCUCCGCGCCAUCUUCCGCUCCCAAGAACAAUCACCAUCCACUCCAUCGGCGCUUCCUCCACCACACGCCUCCUCCAACGCAUCUUCCACGCAACCAAGCGUCUUCUCGAUUCCCUCAAGUCCUGAGGAGCACGCCCUCCGCCUUCAGGAGGCCGAGCAGUUGGCGCAGUAUGCGAAGGCGCAGCGCACCUAUGCGGAGUUGCUGCUGCGGUAUAACCCCGGUAUGGAUAUGGAAGAGGAAGAGCGGAUUCGGUUGACGGCUAGACGGGUCGGGUUUGAUUUGCCGGAGCUGCAUAACCCGGAGGAGGGGAAGGGUCAGAAGGAGUGAUUGGGAAUCUUUGAGAUUCUUGGUUCGGUUUACGGCCGCGGACGGCUCGAGCUGAAGCACGACUGUUUGAUCGAGAAUUCUAUGCAGAUUACACACUGUGUCCCUGCGGAAGAUCGACACAGUCGCAGUUGUCUGGGGGAUUGGCCUUGGUUGGCCCCUACCCUCCAGCUCCAUUAGACGGACCGUGACAGAUUGUGCAUGGAAGCAUUGGCGGUGAUGCAUUAUCCAUGGCUUCAUGAUGGGCAGUUCUUGGGGUUGGAUUUGUACAAAAUUCGAACGGCAUCGGCGUUAUGUUUUUUUUUCUAUGAGGCUUGUAUACUAUUGAACAAUGUACGAAUGAAAGUAGAAGCAUAUCUGAAAGGAAUUUGGUUGUUUCUUUCUCGCUGAAAUGCAUUUGGAUGUUCCCCUUGCUCUCGCUGUGGCGAGUCAAGCGGUCAUCCCGUAGUACUGUAGGGGCCUUCAUUGGCGAUACGAAGUGUUCGGUCCUCUUCAAGGUCGUGAAAUUGGCGGCAUGACCAAAACCUCGCUGGGGGUGGAUUUUUAACCGAUGGGAAGUGCUUCGGCCGACAGGAACUGCCCGUGUAUCUCACAUCUGCCGAGGCCACAGCAGCUCGGCGAUGACACCGUGGGGGCUGAGGCCACGGAGACAAGGCAUUUUCGUUUGGACCACAGCCUGCGGAUGCGUUUGGAGACCAUACGUAAUAAAUAGUGUGAUGGCCAACGCAGGGGCGUAAAAUCAUGUUAUCAUAGACGAGUCACGGACCCUUCAACUGUUGGUCAACUGAGUCCGUUCCAUCUGUCUCAUGAGUGUCGAGCUGAUCUCCUCAUCUUCCAAGCCGACACUGACUUCAAUUGCGGUUUUGGGUCGAUUUCGGUUCAGGCCAUCUAAGAGAUUGCAUGCUUUGCAAAUACGUUGACUGGAGAGAUAUCCACAACGUUCGCAGUGACCCAAAGUUUGUUUCUUGACAAUCUUUUGCGGAUGGACACUCGAAGGCGUAGCUUGUGUCGGUUCUUUGGGCGAAUGAUGACCGCUCGGGCCUCCUUGCAGUUGAAACACACCGUUGGAGCCAUG